AUGGUGAACUUGAUCAUCCUUAUUCCCUUCGCAGCUGACGAGAACUGUGAUCUGGAUCAGAUGUCCAGCGCGUUUCAAAGGGAUCUGGCAGACUCAUCGAAGAAGAGCCUCCCAGAAAAUGUCUCAGCAGAGGUCAAAGAGAUCAAGAUUGUCCACAGCAGUGAUACCUACACCUGCUCUGAAGAGGAUGUAGUCAUCGUGUUUGGCCAUGGUGGCAAGGACAACGCAGAUCUCACCAACAACCAAGGCCAGAGAGCUACAGCCAAGAAAACUCUGGAGAUGCUGGAAACCAUGGAGGCCCAGACUACUCGGCGAAUUCUCUUCAUGUGCUGCUACUCCGCUAUGGAAGGUCAUCUUGCUCACAAAUGGAAGGCAAAAUACCCUACUCAGAUGACGUUUGGAGGGCUGGCCGACAUUGCAUCUCUCUACAACGGCCCGACAAGAUCAGGACUGUUCACAGGCGUCUGUAAAGCACUUACGGAAGUCUAA